GCGACUGAUAAUUGCUAUUAUUAUAAAAAUGAUUUAUCGAUUAGUAGAAAGAUACAGGAAAACAAGCUUUGCUCGUAUGUUGAAAAUAAGCCAACUUGAUGGAGAGCAAGAAAAUUCUUGCUAUUUAAUCAAACGAACUGCUUAAACUUCCGCUGGAUAAUUCAGUCUAUGCCAAUAUUUUCUCAAAAUGACUUCAGAAAGUAGCCAGGUUAAUAACGUUAAAGUGUUGCAAACAAUCGAUCUUCACUCGAUUGACAGUAAAUCUGAUAUCUAUUUCAUCAAAAAGCAAAAUGCCUCAAACAGCGGAACGCGCUAUACACUGAACCACUUAGCAACGAAAUCUGCUUCGUUCUGCAAAGAUAUAGGAUACUUGAAGUUAGAAGUAUUCAUGUUUCUUUACAUGUUUUCAACCGUAAUGCGAUAUGUUUCUUCAACAACAAUGAUGAUAGACAAAGCAUGCAUCGUUCAUUUGGGAUAUUCACAAGAAGUGUGUAACAAUCUCUCGGCCUAUAAGGACAUUAAGAUUGAAGUUGAGAAACUGGCCAAUAACUAUUCUCUCGGACAUUCUUUAAUCGGUAUGAUUCCAUCUUCCAUUCUAGCCUGCUUUAUAGGAUCAUGGAGUGACAAAUACGGCAGGAAGAUUCCACUCAUAAUGUCGGUUCUCGGACUCAUUUUGGAUGGCUUAGGCAGCACAGUCUGUGCUGCACUGUUCUACAGCAGGAUAGAAUUCUAUUUUCUACCAGCAAUUUUUAGUGGAUUAACUGGAGGCUUUAUUGGCGUACUAACUGUUAUUUUCAGUUACGCUUCCGAUACGACUUCAUUUAGUAAAAGAACUAUUAAAUAUGCCAUAAUGGAGGUUACUUUUGGAUUAUCUAGGCCAUUGGGCACGCUUACUGGUGGAUUUAUUUUUGAAUAUUUGGGUUAUACGUAUGUUUUUCUGAUUUCUACAAUGGGUCAUGUGCUGGCACUAACAUGGGUAAUGUUCAUGAUCAAAGAAACAACGGGUCUGGAUAAUAAAGACCAUUGGAAAACGAAAAUCUUAAGUUUGUGGUCACCGCAAAGGCUUGUGGAAAGUUUCAAAGCAACUAUCAAAAAGCGUCCGAAUCAAGGAAGAAAGCAAAUUUUAUUGUUAAUUACGGUAAUGAGUCUUGAUGUAUUUAGCUUUGCUUCAACAAUAGGAAUCAACUAUUUGUACGUUCAUCAUCUAUUUGAUUGGAACAAUACAAGAUAUUCAACAGUAUCAUCUAUUUUUGCACUAGUUGGAACAUUCGUCAUGUUGAUUUCUGUCCCAGUACUUAAGAAGUAUAAAAUUGGAGAUCCAACACUCGGCUUAAUUGGGAGUAUAUCAUUAAUUACAAAAAAUAUAUCAAUAGGAGUAGCAGGAACUAAGGAAAUUUACUUCUUUGGCAAUGCUGCGGGAUUCUUCUCUGGACUUAGUAUACUGGCUAGUCGAUCAAGAAUAUCUAAAGUUGCAUCAAAGAACGAUAUAGGCAAAAUAUUUGCUUUCUUAACAACAGCAGAAACGUUUCUACCGAUUCUAGCAUCGGCUGCUGCGUCUCAAUUGUUCAAUGCUACGCUAAAUUUUUAUCCAGGAAUGGUCUUCCUUAUUGUGGCUACUAUUCUUUUUAUACCUAUAGGAGUAUUCAUUUGGCUGUCUCGUCUACCAGUCAUCGAUUAUGAAAAGUUAUAUAAUGAAGAAGAAGCAUACGAUGAGGCUAUAAAGUUAAAAGAAGAAACACAUUCUAUAAAGGAAAAAUAUUAAACUAUUUAGAGACAUUCUACCACACACGUUGCAUUAAUAUCAUCAAAUCAUUGCAUCUCUUGUUUUGGUUAAAAAAAAUAGUUUUCAAUCUAAGAUUUAUUAACUAGUUGUUUAGAAUUUGAAAUUGACUACACUUUAAAAAUUCCGGAUCAAAUUACGAAAUUAAAUACCGGUAUUUUAGGUGAAUUAUCCAUAGAAUCCACUUUACCGGAAAAUUUAUUUUUACCGUAAAAUAUUAUACCGUAAUUUUUACAGUAAUAUUUACUUAAUUAGAGUGAUUCAGUAAUUUCUACGAUAACUAUUACUGUAAAAAUUACGGUACAUCAGAAUUUUUUAUUCCACAACAUGUUCCUGUAAAAAUGGAUUUUACGGUAAAAAAGUACCAGCGUCCUGAGUGCCGGUAGUUUUUGCGUUAAUUUGAUCCAGUUUUUUUGCAGGGCACAUUGCGCAAAAUAGAAAACGGACCCCCCAUAUCUUUUGAUCUAAUGGUCGGAUUUCCAUGUGCUAAGACUCAAUCUUAAUGAUUCGAGGGGGUGGCCUCAAAUAUGCUAAAUGAUUAGGGUGGACGAUGUUUUUAGUUGCGAAAUCAAACACGAAAACGUACUUUCGCUGAAUAAGCACACCUUUUUUCCAUCCCCAAAUGAGGGGAGUAGCUCAAAUCUGGAAAAUAUAACCCCAAUAGUUUAGUUAGGAAAGCGGUCCAAAGUUUUAACCCUUUAUGCGUAUUUUGCAUAUCUCGAGAACUGUAUAAGCGAACUGAAAAUUUUUUUUGUAUACAAUUAUAAAAAAAAAUUUAUUAAAAGAUAAUGUCAUGUAAAAUUCAAAUCUUAUUUAUACUUUACAAUUUAAACUUUUUUCGGU